AGCACUUUUUUUGAGGUUUGAAGAGUAGCGCUUGAAUUUUCUCUUGCGUAUUAGAGCAUCCUCAAACGGCGUCGAAGCGGCCGGUUUUGCGGUUUCUAUUACAGCUGUGUGUGUGGCGUCUGUCUUCGGUGUGCCGCCGUCGAUUGUUCUUCUCUUCCGUGUCUUCUCAAUAUUACGUGUGCUUUUCUGGUUCUUGCGAGUGCGUGCCGUUGGUUAGCUGCCCGUUUUCAAAUUUUUCCCUUUUCUAAACAGAGGCGCGUCGCUCCUGUGGUUUACUAAAACAGUAUAAGCUAAAUCCACCAACGAAAAGCAAAUCGACAAGGAAGUUACGUUGGCCGUUGACUCGUUCAGCGGUUUCCGAUGCAGAAGCGCGCGCUCGUGGACCCGCGCUUCCAUUUUCACACCAGAGAAGACAGGAUGAAUCUGCCCUGUUGUUUCACAGGUCAGGUUCUCCCCCGAAAGCAACAUCGUGACGCCUCUUUAGAGAACGCGGUUCGCCUACGCGUGGCUGAGGCCGAAAGAAAUGCCUCAAGGCGGGCUGAGAGGCCGAACCAAGUAGCGCUCUGAGCUUUCUUUUUCUGGGUUUUAGAAUCGAGUAAAUGAGUCUUGAAGGGUUCACACGUUGAGUAGCACCUCCGUAGAAGCUGGCUUGCAACUUGACUCCUCUUUGUUUGCUCCAUUUUCCCAUUCGCUGCUUUCCUUGCUGUCUCACACACUCACACACACACGCACACACACCUCCAUACACACACCUCCAUCAGCACUACGGCAAUCAGCACCAUCCGGUUCGUGUUUUGUUUUGCGCUCCUGCGCGGCACCUUGAUCCACGGCGCGUACUCCUCGUUCUUUUUCCUUUCAAACCAUUAUUACCGCCACCACCACCAUCACCAUGUCCAAGAUUCUGCAAAAGGUCGCGAUUGGCGCCCUGGCCGCCGGCCUCGGCGUGUACAGCUGCUGCUUCAUCGUCUACCCCGGCGAGGCGUGUAUUCUGUAUAACAAGAUCAACGGACUGAAGAGCUCCGUCUACGGCGAGGGUCUGCAGUGCCGCAUCCUGGGCCUCGACGAGAUCAUGCGCUUCAACGUGCGUGUGCGCCCCCGCACUUUGCAAACGAUGACCGGUACGAAGGAUUUGCAGAUGGUGAACGUGCGCCUCCGUGUGCUGUUCCGUCCCGUGGCGGACCGCCUGCCGCAGAUCUACCGCACCUUCGGGCUCGAUUACGACGAGCGGAUUCUGCCCUCCGUGAGCAACGAGAUUCUGAAGGCGGUUGUGGCUGAGUACAAGGCCGAGGAGCUCAUCCAGAAGCGCGAUGCCGUGUCGGCCCGCGUGUACCAACUCAUGCAGGAGAAGGUGAACCAGUUCGGCCUCGUUUUGGAGGACCUGUCGUUGGUCGACAUUCAGUUCGGCACGGACUUCAUGACGGCCGUGGAGCAGAAGCAGGUGGCCCAGCAGGAGGCGGAGCGCUACCGCUACGUCGUGCUGGAGAACGAGCAGCGUCGGCGUGCUGCUGUGGUGCGGGCGGAAGGCGAGGCCGAGUCCGCCCAACUCAUCUCGGACGCCAUCCAGAAGUCCGGCUCCGGUUUCUUGGAGCUGCGCCGCAUCGAGGCUGCCGUAGACGUGGCGAACCAACUAGUGACGAUGCCGAACGUGACGUUUGUGCCGAAGGAUGCGGGUAUGCUGUUGAACAUGGCGAAGCAGUAA